AUGAACUACCAGAUUCACCGCCCAUGUAAUAUCAACGUCCUCCCAGUUGAAAUACUAUCCUACAUAUUCACGCUGGCUACCCAUGAUGCCGUGUCCACCAACAAUGAUUACAAACGAAGAUAUCAGGUUCCUUUCAGUCCCGAAAGUGUCACAAUGCCAACUGUACUCGCGUCUGUACAUCGCCACUGGAGAAAUGUUGCACUUUCCACCUCGACGCUAUGGACAAGCCUCGUAAUGAGUCUUGGGCAGGUUGUUCGUGUCCAAGUUGGACCAGAUGCAAGUGACGAACGCGCAUAUACUACUUUCCUUGAUGUGCAGCGCUUGGCCACUCAUAUCGCGCGGUCACGAAACUCUUCGGUGGACGUUCUUAUCGACACUCGAGAUCCAGAAUGGGACUUUGAAGAUGAUGAGGAAGAAUGCUCAACUCACAAUGCAACAUGCUUCCCAUAUGCCACCAUCAUCCCUCAGAUCCUCGCCCUUCUGUUCCCCCAGAUGUACAGGUGGCGUUCGCUGACAAUCCUCAGUGAUACGUGGGCACCUCUUCGUGUCGCUCUUGAAUGUCUUAGUGUGCCCACCAUGACAAAGGGCUCGGGUGCUCCGCGCCUUGAAACUCUGAUGCUCAUGCGAUGCAACGAGUUCUUAGGUCACUUGGACACCUUUUCUCCACGCACUCAACAUACUUUCAGCGGGAUACCAUUUGCCGCUUUGACAGGCGCGCCUCACCAUGAUCUCUCUGCACAAUCACAAUCACAUCCCCUUCCGAAGCUGCGAAACCUAACUCUUGUCGGUGUUCACCUGAACUGGACGCAGUUUUCUCAUUAUACUCUUGGCGCAGGCUUCAGUGAGACACUCUCAUGCAUUCAAUCAUUGGAGCUUUCGCAGCACUGCCGUGAAGUCAGGCCGACAGUUGAUGAGUUUACAGGAAUUCUGAGGGCUUGUCCUUUCCUGCGAAAACUCGUGAUCAGGGUCUCUGGGCCGAGGUUUGAUGCAGGUGUGCAACACAGUGAUCUUCCAGUAUCACUUCCCCUGCUUGAAGAGAUUCACUUGGGGUAUACCAAUGCCAACGAUGCUGCCAUGCUUCUCAGUCAUAUCCAUGCCCCUAACCUCAUCUCACUUUCCAUCGAAGAUGCCAAUCAAAUUACCAGUCCUGAUGUCGAGGACUCUGGCCCUCUCCUAGCUUAUCUCGCAACCGGCUUUCUUGAUCUGUGGGACGUCUCCACGGAACCUGGCUCGAAUCAUGGACUGUACAACUACUAUUUAGCCACGUCCAAAGAUUCCGUCGCCAAGACGGUCAAGACGCCGUUCCCACACCUUGAGCGAUUGUCGCUCAAUAGCGUUGCUGCAUGCAUGAUCCCGUUCAGUCUCCUGAUGGCCGUCGUCCCGAAACUCUGUCACCUGUCGCUAUCUCGCACCCCAAAUGCGCUCGUAGCUCUGUUACCCACCCAGACUCCUUUUGCGGACGCCUGUACGCGCACCAUACCUUGCCGUGCUCUCAAGUCCAUAGAAAUGUUUUGCACUGAAGAACAGACAAAAAGCGUUCUCGAUUUUGUGGUGAGGGAACGCGAGCAGAGCGGUGCGCCACGUGUGUGUAACAUCGACAUACACCUUGAAGUAUGCUCCGCGGAUGCCGGUGAAGAGAUCGGAGGGUAUCAAAUUAUUGAAGACGACAUGGUUAGGAACCAGACUACAUAUGGGGAGUGGGUACCAGACGAGCAAUAUCCAUUUGCGCCUGGUGGUGUCUUCAAUGAUCCCGAUUUUGACGAAGCAUAUCGUUAUCUAUCGUAA